CCCCCGUUCUUCAGCACUCUUCCCCUCCCAUCAAUCCCCCCAAGCCGCACCACUUUUCACCCUCAUCCCGCUAUCCUUUAGAUCGCUUCCAGCGGCUUUUUCUUGCCAGAACAUCGCAACAGCGCAUCUGCCUUUUUGAGCCCUACAGAGCAGCAAAGCAAGAAGCUACAAGAGGCGCACCGCACAGCAACGCGCCCAAAAUUCCAGCAGCACCGCGCCACUAGCAACCACCAAAAUCGUCAUCAUCCACCAUGCCUCGCCCGCCUAAGAAGUCCGCCGAGGAAAAGGCCAAGGCCCUGCCCGUUGCCGUCGUGCCUCCUCCCACCAUGGUUCCCGCGCCCGUCGUCGGCGGCCUGCACCCAGCAGUAGUUCCCGCGCCUGUUGUGUCUGGCGUGCCCCAGCGCGUAGUCGACAACGACAGCUUCCUCCGCGUGCGCGAUUCGGCUGUUGGCAGACUCACCACCAUCCUGGAGCUGCUGAGGUCCUUCACCAAUGACUACAUUCGCCAGACCAACCUUCUGCUCGGCGAGGGCACUGCUGAGGGCCCCCAGGGCGACCUCCUCAACACCUUUGAGAAUGCCGCCGCCCAGCUCAUGAUGCCUGGCAUCCCAGACAUGACCCCCCUCGUUGAGGAGAAGAAGGAGCGCAAGAAGCGCACUCACGACCCCAACGCCCCCAAGCGCCCCCUGACCCCCUACUUCCUCUACAUGCAGCACGCCCGCUCCAUCAUUGCCAACGACCUUGGCGCCGAUGCCCCCAAGGGCGCUGUCCAGGAAGAGGGCCAGCGACGAUGGGCUCACAUGACUCCUCAGGAGAAGCAGGGCUGGAAUAACGCCUACCAGUACAACCUGCGCCUCUACAAUGCCCGUGUUCACUCCUACAAGAACGGCAACCCCCUGGCCAAGAACAUGAGCGAUGAGGAGGCGCUUAAGUACGCCGAAGACUUCCACAUUCCCAUGCCAGAGCUCAAGGAGGCCGCUGCUCAGUCUGAUGCCCCCGUCAAUGACCAGGAUGCUAUUGCCGAGCAGCUGCAGCAGGUCGCCGCCGCCCCCUCUGAGAACGAGGAGGAGGCCCCAGCCAAGACCCCCAAGAAGCCCGCUUCCACCCGCAAGCGCAAGACUGCCACCCCUGCCGCUGAGGUAGAGACGCCCAAGGUCGCUGCGCCCGCCAGCCCGGAUAAGAAGCGGAGGAGGACAUCGACCAAGGCCGCCGAGCCAGAGAAGGAGGAGCCCAAGAAGUCGGGACGCAAGAAGACUAAGAGCACUUGAGUAACCAACGUUUUUCAGCUGUAGUAGCCUAAGCUGCUGCUCUUCCUGCCGUCCAUUGUUUCUCCAGCUGUCUCGACACGAGCGACGAGAGAAAGGGCUUCUGGAAGAGCAAUCCCUUCAUUCGCGCUCAUCUUAUUCUACAUCAUCUUGUGUUACCUACAAACCGCAACUACAGAAUUGCGGAGAAGAUUGUCGCCUCUAUUUUUAGCAAGUUGGCUCUCGGUUUUCCUUUCUGGUUCUUACUCGAAUCAUGAUACCUUGCAUGAGAAUGCUGCGGGCUCUCUAGUCUUUGGCUUUCGUUCUCUUCCCAUCUACUAGACUUGCCUAGAUGGCUUGUCCUUCACGUUUGUGUGCUCUGAUAUGAUAAAGGAAUCAGUUUCUUUUUACCUCCUUCUAUUGUAUCUCGCUUUCUUUUGACUGCUCUUUGAGCUGCAGUCUGGCGGUCAGUAUAAAAAUGGUUAUAAGGGCGUAUAGUUAUUCUUUUUACUUUUCUGUUUUUUUUUUCUUUUGGUUGGUUAGUUAUCUGGGACAAAGGGCGGAAGGGCGGUUUUACGUCGUGUAUUUAAGUCUCCAAGCUCGUGUUGAACGGCCGAACUUUGUAUGCGAUAAUGAAAGCAAUGAUUAAGCAAAUGGCAGUUUCUUUACCA